ACCACAAUCUAUCAGAGGAAGGGCAAUAGAACAAAAUAAGGAGAAGCCUCACUAAAUAAGGAGGCUCAAGCACAACUGUUGUUGCAUUCCUUGUGUUUGAUCAUCUCAAGUAAUCCGAUUAAUUGCAUUCUGCUGUUCUGCCAUGGAGGCUUGGAGGAAGACUGCCAUGCGCUCUGCACUUGUCGUGCUCAUCGUCCUUGUUUUAAGCGAGGUGUCGACAGCUCAGGUUCAUGACUGCUGGAAUGCGGAUGUGGGCUACGCAAUGUGCGCCAGUGCCAGCAGCUGCAGGGCGGAGUGCCAGAAACUCGGCAAGAUCGAUGGCCAAUGCGGCCUUGGCUACGCGCUCUGGCCGAUCUGCAAGUGCAUGGCUCCACACUGUGUCUAGGAUUUAGGCAGGCGGGCACGUUGGAGCACUUGAACAGCUGCAACCUGCGACGUUGCAGCAAGUUGGUACAAGCUAUGUGUGCCUUGUUGUUAUGUGGUUUAUAAAAUUGGAACUGGGAUUGGAGCGUCUCACACUUUCGGUCGCGUAUUGUUGUUUCUUAUUCUUGGCAAACGAGUACAAUCUUCUGCACAUAUUUGUUUACAGAUAAACUUCAUCUGCAAGCUUUGCUUGGUUAA